AUGGGCAAGAGCAAAGCAGAUCAGCCCGAGCCCGAUGCUGGGCUGAAGAGCCUGAACCAUUAUUCGAACCGUUUGCCUCUUUGGCGGUAUUGGCCCCGGCAACAGCUUAUCCCGUUGAUUCGAUAUGAAACCCCAUACUUAGCUUGGGUGCAGGAGAAAGUGCGCACGCCAACGCUUGACUCAUAUUUCGCCUUCACGGCCAACCUCGGCACCCACACGUUCUUCAUGGUCUUCUUGCCGUUCCUGUUCUGGUGUGGUUCGCCCAGCAUGGGGCGCGGAUUGGUUCACAUUUUGGCAUCGGGCGUCUUUUGGAGUGGUUUCUUGAAGGAUCUGCUGUGUCUCCCACGGCCGCUUUCUCCGCCGCUUCAGCGCAUCACCAUGUCCGGGUCUGCGGCGCUCGAAUACGGGUUCCCCUCGACGCACUCCACGAAUGCGGUCUCCGUCGCGGUAUAUGCACUCGGUCUGCUCAGCUCCCCGGAAUCGACUCUCAGUGCACAGGUUACGCUCCUUCUACAGGCCGUCACCUAUAUAUACGUGGUUUCCAUCGUUCUGGGUCGACUGUAUUGUGGAAUGCAUGGAAUGUUGGAUUGUACCGUGGGAUGUGCGAUGGGUGCCGCAAUUGGUCUCGUGCAAUUCCAUUAUGGACCUGCGUUUGAAGACUUUAUAGUCUCUGCGUCAGUGAAAGACAUCUCUUUGCUUGCGAUAUUAAUCAUAUCCCUUGUCCGCGUUCACCCAGAGCCGGCCGAUGACUGCCCCUGCUUUGACGAUAGCGUUGCAUUUGCCGGAGUCAUGCUGGGCGUUGACGUCUCGUCUUGGCAUUUCGCUGAAAUCUGGGAUGGCUACCCACCUGGCUCCAUUCCCUAUGAUCUGGAGUCCAUCGGCUGGAUCAAAACUGCCAUACGCCUUGUGCUGGGUGUUUUGUGUAUCUUCGCCUGGAGAACGGUGACAAAACCCGCUCUGCUGCGCAUCCUCCCACCCAUCUUCCGAACAUUGGAGAAGCUAGGCCUUCUCUUGCCCCGUCGAUUUUUCACUACGGCUUCGGAAUACACUACCGUUCCAACUAAUCUGAAGGACCACGAUGUCCUUCCCAACAUCUCCGACAUCCCCAAUCUCAUGGCCACAAUGCGCCACCCUCGCCGCCGAGCCAUUUCCGUCGGCCCACAGUCCGAAGCCGAUGCGUAUGAGACGCUGGCUUACCGUGAAAAGCGCCGCCGCGAGAGUCAAUCCGGGGGUAAUCGCGCUUCCCCGGUUGCAGAGGGCGAGAACAAGCCCAACGGGACGCCUGUCCUAUCCCGAAAGAACACGACCCUCGAUGAUUACGAAGGAAUGAUGGGAAGAGGUAGCCCUAGUUCCUCUGCGGUUGAUGUGAGCCCCAAAGAGCAUUUGACCCCGUUCCCUUCACUUGACUUUGAAGCUGGCAAGCGGGAUGAAAAAGAGGUCUUCUCGCAGAUCAAGAAACCUCGCGUACGUUACGAUGUGGAAGUUGUCACUAAGCUGAUUGUCUAUGCGGGCAUUCCAUGGGUCGUUGUCGAAGUCGCCCCCCUAUUGUUCCAUCUCAUUGGCCUCGGAGUUCCUGGAGUUUGA